GGGACACUGUGAAGAUCUCACCUCUUGUUUGCUGAGCGGUCGGGUGUAUUGCUCUACACUCCGCACCCCCAGGGGCCCCCGACCGGUCUGAACUGGAGAUAUCUUUCUGUGGCGCCCUCCCGCGCCGGAUCUCCUUCUCCCUGGGGCGGGACGAUUUCCAGAGGCUCCGGUCAUUAUGAGUGAAUCAUCCUUUAAUUUAAUAUCUGAGAAAUGUGACAUCUUAUCGAUUCUUUGUGACCAUCCCGAAAAUAGGAUUUACCAGAGGAAAAUUCAGGAACUCAGCAAAAGAUUUUCUGCUCUACGAAAAACAAAAGGAGAUGGGAAUUGCUUUUACCGAGCCUUAGGUUAUUCCUAUUUAGAAUCACUAAUUGGAAACAGCAGGGAAAUUCUCAGGUUUAAGGAACGUGUACUACAGACCCCAAAAGACCUUUUAGCUGCUGGCUUUGAAGAACACAAAUUCAGAAACUUCUUUAAUGCAUUUUACAGCUUGGUUGAAAUGGUGGAGAAGGAUGGUUCUGUUUCCAACUUGCUGAAGGUUUUCAAUGACCAGAGUUUUUCGGAUAGAAUUGUCCAAUUCCUUAGGCUUCUUACUUCUGCAUUCAUCAAGAACCGGGCAGAUUUCUUCAGGCAUUUUAUUGAUGAGGAGAUGGAUGUCAAAGACUUCUGUGCUCAAGAAGUGGAACCCAUGGCCACGGAGUGCGACCAUGUUCAAAUCACCGCUCUGUCUCAGGCGCUGAACAUCCCUCUUCAAGUUGAAUAUGUGGAUGAAAUGGACACCGCACUGAACCACCAUGUAUUUUCCGAGGCUGCCUGCCCGUCAGUUUAUCUACUUUAUAAAACAUCACACUACAACAUACUUUAUGCAGCUGAUAAAGUGGGUUAAUUUUAGGCCCUAUGGUGUAGAGUGUGAAACGACAGGACUACAUUCUUAUAGAGCAUUCUGGGUUUUUUUUUUUUUAAUGAUUUAGAUGUUUCAUUAGCUAGAAGAAAAUGUACAGCCUUUGGGGGCUCAUCACUUACAACAUGGCCAGGUUCUGUGUUGAUAUGUGAUACCGAUUAACCAGCAGAAAGGCUGUUUUUUUUUUUUUACCUCAUCUAGAUCAUCUGUCAUUGACUGACUUCUGAUAACUUAAUAGUGUUUGUUUUGGCUAUGGACCAAAUGUUUUCCACUUCUGAUUGGGUAAGUGGUAUGAGAAAAGAACACUUGACCAGCAAUCAGGAGACCUGGUUAGGAAUCCUGGCUCUGCCACUCACUCAAUGCCCAGUCUUUAACAAGUCAUUGGCUCUCUGGAGCUUAGUAUUUGCAUCUGUAAAAUGGAGCAGGGUGGGUGAGUAAGCAGAUGUUGAAGAUCUCAUUUUUUUCUAUUAAUAUUAUGUGGACUACAGCUGUUCACCAAAGGUAAUCCUUCACAAUAAGAGACAGGGAAAAUUGCUUCCACAUACAAUGUUUUGAUCACUAGAGUCCCCAUUGGAGCCAUCAGGUAGGAUUAGCAACCUACCUGAAAUCAUAUAGGCUGAGAUCUGGAAGUUCUUGUCCUGGGACCUGUAGUUAGAUUUCAGGGGGGGUUGAGAAUUUGAAUGAAAAAACUAUUGCGUCUUUAUUUUUACCAACCUGUCACUGAAAUUUAGCAUUUCCUUCAAUUUAUCCUUUAUUACUCUUAUUCUGAGAUUAGUUCUGUGUGCUCCAACAGACUGCCCAAAAAGGUACAGAAUCUCUGCACUUGGACCAAAUCUCUCAUUUUGUAGAUGAGAAAACUGAGGCCCAGAAGAGUAAAAUGACUUGCUCAAUGCAAAAAAGGGCAGAGUAGAAUGUAAACCCAGCAAAGUUGCCUAAUGCCAAAGUCUGAGCUUUUCCCCACUGACUGGUUAGUGAUCAUUGAAUGGCUAGCUCAAUCAGGAGGAAUCUCUGAGCAUCCUAUGUAUACAUCAUAGUCUGUAUGAACAGAAGAAAUUGGGCUUGUGGUGGCGUCUGCUAAGCUAGACUUUUCUUGCCUCUUCGACAAUGAAUAUGUUUUGAUUUGAAAAUCAGCUAGAAAGUACAAUGAAGUGCUGUGCUCUUACUAGGCCCAAUGAAUCCAGAUUUCCAGGGGCAAUUGAGUCAAAAACCCCCCAUUUCUAUAGCCUCAUCAACCCAGAACUAAUUUGGUUUGUUUCUAAGUCCUGCUCAUUAGUAUAGGACUGUUAAUCCUGUGGUGGCCCUUAGAGAUCAUCAUAUCCAUUGCUCUCAUUUUACAUGAGGAAACUAAAAAGACAUAAAGUGAUGUUUGCCCAAGGUCCUACAGCUAGUGUCUGAGUCAGAAUUUGAAUCCAGUUCUUCCAGACUCUUAGUCCCCAAUGCCCCUGUGCCUCUGAAAUAAAGCAGCCAUCAUUCUCAGGCAGUCUUCUCUCUAACUACUAACUGAGAAAAGAUGAAAUCAGACCCUUUAGCCCCCUUACUUUUUCUGGCUUAAGAAAUUGAAGCAAACCAAUGAAAAAUAGUGAAGAGGCAGCUAGGUACAGCUGCAUAUGCACUGGGCCCAAAAUCAAGAAGAUUUGAGUUCAAAUCCAGGCUCAAACACUUUAUAGCUAGGAUAAGUCACUUAAUCUCUGCCUGCCUCAGUUUUCUCAACUAUAAAAUGGAAAUCAUGAUAGCACCUACCUCCCAGGAUUGUAUAAAUGAGAAAAUUAUCUGUAAACUGUUUAUUAUAGUGCCUGACACAUAGUAGGUGCUAUAUAAAAUGCUAGUUAGAAAAGGGGGUGGGGAACAACAUUGGACAGACAAAAUUACACCACUAAAGCUAGUAAUUUACAUGGGACUCAUGUUGCCUGUAAAUUACAGGUAGCCAUUAGGAAAACACUGAUUUAGGUUCACAGCCUCCAAUAGUUGGAAGAAUACUAAAAUGUGGAGUCAGAGACACUGAGUUCAAAUUUUGCCCCUUCCUUUAUAUGCUUAGGCAAAUCAUUUCACUUCUGGGCCCAUUUCCUCGUUUGUAAAAAGAAAGGGUUAUACACUAGAAUCUCACAGGAUAAUUUUUGGUUUUGUUUCUUUUUACAAGUUUUUUUUUCUUUGUAUGUUUAACUCUACAUUCUAUGAAAUUGUGUGUAAUUAUCAAGUUUUCUUCCUGUCCCACUUUUUAUACAACCAAGAAGAAAACUAGGUUGGGGGAGGGGGAGGGCAUAGGAAGAGGGAGACUGGGGAACAAAGUAGGAAUGAACAACUAAGUGAAAACACCAGCUCUUCUGAUAGGCACUGCUAACAAUUCUGCAUUCUUCUGAAGGAAAAGAGGAAGACUUGAGAUAACAUCAAAGGACAAUUCUACACUAAUUCUAAAAUUCACAGUCUUCCUCUCUCAGGUUCCAUUUCUAAAGGGAUUUUAGGGAUCUGUUGGUGCUACUGUUUAUGUCAUUGCUUAAAAAAACAAAAGUUUACUGUUUACAAGUAUAGUGCCAAGCUUUCAACACUUGUUUGAAAACAAUGUUCUACUUUCAUUAAAACAUUAGGCUUCUUAAGUAAAAGAAAAUGUGUUUGAAUUUCACAUGGGAAGCUCAGGUUCAAUCAACUCUUGCAAAUUCAUGGCACAGGAAUUUAAUGAUUGUUAAUCAUAGUGAACAGGACUCUGAUCCAUGAAUAUAUUAACUGCUGUACCCUGUUUUCUGGACACCAUUGCUUUUAUUUGUAUGUUAAAAUGUUGUAAUAAUGAGAGAAAACAUCCUUUGAUGGAUACAUAGUGCCUAAUACAUAGUAGGGUGCUUAAUAAAUGUUUAUUGACUAUCAGCUAUUAUUGAUAAGAUUUUCCAAUAUGAUUUUUCACUGCCCGUUCCACAGAUUAGCAUUGUAUUUAUCCAUCUCAGGUAGUGGGGGAAAAAUAUCCUUUGAUGGAUUCAGAGUGCCUAGCACACUGUUUAAUGUGUUUAAAUGUUAAAUUAUGUUUAAUAACUAUCAACUAUGGGAUCUUCCAACAUUUAUUUUUCACUGCCCAUUCCACAGACUAGCAUUGUAUUCCACCAUCUUGGGGAAAUGGAGCCAAAUGAUCUGAUUCAUCUAAAUAAAUGUUUAAUUUACUGAAGUA